AUGGCCCACAAACCUUCUGAAGCAAGGACUACUGUCGAGCUCACUCCUUUCCCCAUCCCGGAUCUGAGCAUCAAGGACUUGCUCUCAGCCAUUCCUGCCCACUGCUUCAAACGGUCCGCGCUCCGCUCUUUCAGCUACUUGGCCUACGAUUUGUUCUGGAUCUUGACCAUAUACAAGCUCACGACUUUCGCUGACGCUCGCAUCUCGCCUGAACACAUUGUCUUGCCUAGCCCGUAUCUCUAUUCCUUCGCCCGUGUUGUGUUGUGGUCGUUAUACGGCUUUGCAAAUGGUCUCAUUGCCACUGGUGUCUGGGUUAUUGCUCACGAAUGCGGUCAUCAAGCAUUUUCCGAGUCGAAGACUCUGAACAAUGCCGUCGGCUGGGUCCUUCAUUCUGCGCUCGGCGUACCUUACCAUUCAUGGCGCAUCACGCACGCGAAGCAUCAUGCAUCCACCGGCCACAUGACUCAGGAUCAGGUUUUUGUCCCCAAGACACGUUCGCAGUUGGGUCUGCCUCCCUUCGAUCCUUCCGGAGAGGACCUCCUUGGUUCCAGCGUAUCGGAUGAGAUCAAGAAGGAAUUCCGUGAAGCUUUGGGUGAUUCCCCUAUCGGUGCAGCACUUGGUGCAGCAAGUUACCUCAUCGUUGGUUGGCCCAUGUACAUCUCUAGGAACGCGUCGGGACAGAAAAGGUACCCGGCUGGUACCAACCACUUCAACCCCAAUGCCGCCAUGUUUGCACCUCAUCACCACAGUCAGAUCCUUAUUUCAGACUUAGGUAUCGUGCUAUGGUUAGCUGGCGUGAUUGCGGCGAUAUACUAUAAGGGUUUCGCGGAUGUCUUCCGUGUCUACCUUGUGCCUUACCUCUGGGUUAACCACUGGUUGGUGUUGAUCACAUUCUUGCAGCACACGGAUCCUCUGCUCCCCCAUUACCGCGCCUCUGAAUUCACGUUCACCCGUGGCGCUCUUGCAACAUUGGAUCGCAACUUGCUUGGCGACUGCGGCAAGAUUAUGGGCUGGCUCGGUGCACACUUCACGCAUGGUAUCUCUGAGACUCAUGUUGCACACCAUGUCUCGAGCAAGAUCCCUCACUAUAAUGCGUGGGAGGCGUCGGACGCACUCCGUCGCAGGAUUGCCCAGGCUGGUCUGACACCACUAAGUGGCCGUCCUGGUGGGUGGUCAGAGAUGUAUCGUGUGUUCAAGGAAUGCAGGUUUGUUGAGGACGAAGGAGACAUCAUCUUCUACAAGAACGCGUCAGGCCUCGCACAUACGCGACCGGUAUUCACAGAAAACAGCGUCAGCGACUCUGGUAUCGAAUUCGACAAGGAUGCAUAG